AUGGCCCCCGCUCACCUUCGGCGUCCACCGCAGGCCCCGCCCACCUUCACAGCUACCCCUCAAUCUGUUGUUGCCGACGCAGAGCGCAUCAUCAAGACCUCUCGCGGCGUCCAGGACCAGGUCGUCGGCUCCGUUCAAGCUACUAAUGCCACCUUCGCCAACGUCCUUGGCCCUCUGUCCCAAGAUGAGAACGUCAUGGCAUUGGAAGCACACAUCUUAGGCUUCUACCAAGCCGUAUCAGUGGACCAGAAGUUGCGGGACGCCUCAUCUAAGGCCGAGGAGCUCAUGGAUGAGUUCUUCAUCGAAUCCGCCAUGCGCGAGGACAUUUUCAAGCUCGUCGCCGAAGCGCUGAACAAGAACGAGCCUUUGGAGCCCGAGUCCCGCCGUCUUCUCGAGAAAGAACACAAAGACUUCAUUCGCAACGGUCUGGGUCUUCCCGACGGUCCUGAGCGUGCCCGAUUUAAGGAGAUCAAGAAACGCCUCAGUCAAUUGAGCAUCGAGUUCCAGAAGAACCUGAACGAGGAGAAUGGCGGUAUCUGGUUCACCCUCGAGCAAUUGGAUGGUGUUCCCGAAGAUGUCCUCUCCGGGCUUAAGAAGGGCGAAGGCGAGAACGAGGGCAAGGUCUGGCUCACUUUCAAGUACCCCGAUCUCUUCCCUACCAUGAAGUACGCCAAGAACUCCGAGAUCCGUAAGCAGGUGAUGGUUGCAAAUGAGAACAAGUGUAACCAGAACGUGCCUCUGUUCCGCGAAGCUAUUGUUCUCCGCGACGAGGCUGCCCGUCUGCUCGGCUACCCCAGCCACGCCGCCUUCCGUAUUGAAGACAAGAUGGCCAAGACACCCGAGACAGUCAACAAGUUCCUUGGUGACCUGCGCUCCCGCCUGACAGCCGGUGGAAAGUCCGAGAUCAACACACUCAUGGAACUGAAGAAGAGCCUGGACCCUAAGUCUGAUGGACAAUAUUACCUCUGGGACCACCGCUUCUACGACCGAUUGAUGCUGGAGCGCGACUUCUCGUUGGACCAGCAGCUUAUUGCCGAGUACUUCCCUCUGCAAACCACCAUACAGGGCAUGCUGAAGAUCUUCGAGGAGCUCUUCGGGCUUGAGUUCGUCGAGAUUGUCGGCGAGGACCGCGCAGCUCUUGCACCCACGGGCAAAGGAGAUGACAUCGUCUGGCACGAGGAUGUCCAAGUCUUCAGCGUUUGGAACGACGAAGGCGAAGGCAGUGGAUUCGUCGGAUAUCUCUACCUAGACCUCUUCCCCGCGAAGGCAAGUACGGCCACGCCGCCAACUUCAACCUGCAACCCGGCUUCAUCGACGCCAGCGCCUACACCCAAGAAACCCUCCCUCCUAAAACACGACGAAGUAGUAACCCUCUUCCACGAACUGGGCCACGGAAUCCACGACCUCGUCUCAAAGACAAUCUACUCCCGCUUCCACGGCACAAACACAGUCCGCGACUUCGUCGAAGCCCCAUCACAAAUGCUAGAGAACUGGUGCUGGACACCAUCCCAACUCCGCGCCUUGAGCACCCACUACGCAACCCUUUCACCAGAUUACCUUAAGGGCUGGCAAGAGGCCCAAGGCCGCGCAGGAAAGGACGCUUCGGCCCCGGCCCCGGCUGCUCAGAUCCCGGAUGAAGUCAUUAACAACCUCAUCCGUACCAAGCACGUCAACGACGCGCUUUUCAACCUUCGUCAACUGCACUUUGGAAUUUUCGACAUGAGCGUCCAUGAACCAGCCAGCCAUGCCGCUAUCGAGGCCCUCCCCGUUUCAGCAACAUAUAACCGCCUCCGCAAGGAAAUCACCCAAAUGGAUGGUCCUGAGGCUCUGGGCGCUGGUGACGAGUGGGGUCACGGCGAAGCUACAUUUGGCCAUUUGAUUGGUGGUUAUGAUGCCGGUUACUACGGUUAUCUGAGUUCCCAAGUCUACUCAACAGACAUGUUCUACACUAUUUUCAAAGAUGAUCCGAUGAACAAGGCCGCCGGCCGUCGGUACAGAUACCAAGUCCUUGAGAAGGGCGGUUCGCAGGAUGAAAUGACCACCCUGACGCAGUUCUUGGGUCGUGAGCCUGAGACUACUGCUUUCUAUAAGGAGCUUGGUCUUGCUUAG